GUUAGUUCACCAUUAGACACUGCUUAUGAGUGCCCUCACUACUCACGGGACUAGCUGAGAACUAUGUGCCUAGCUCCUGAGGUUCCCGUAUAACGAGGCUUGUACGCUAGUGCCUCAACUGGGGCUGAAUGUGGGAGUUCAUUCAGCGUCGAUGCCCGCGUCCGCUGUCUGGUCAAGUUGCUCCAGUAGAGAGUGAUGUUCCUCGCAUGAGUUGGCACCAGGCUCGACAGCGGCUCGAGUACCUCGAGGCUACGGUGGCCUCUAUCAAGGUUCGUCAUGAUGCCGAAAUUGAAGGUGAAAAGAACAAGAUUGCCGAAGAGGACAGAAUCAAGAAAGAGAAGGAGAACGAGGAAAGGAGAGCUCAAGAAAAGCUGGAGAGGGAAGAACUCAACAAGCGUAUGAUGGAUAACAUGAACAAACGACUGGAUUCCGUUUGUUUGGCGCUCUUUGCUGCAUCAUGUGUGGCUGAGACGCCCUGUACGACUGCUCCGACGGUGAAGACGCACGGUAACGACGAGUUGCUUGCCAAGCUGAUGGCAGAUCAGGAGAAGAUGAAAGUGCAACUUGACGAAGCAGCGGCGGCCAGGAAGCGACUGGAGAAAAUAGAGCAAGAGAUCUCCUGUCUUCGUCAAGCUCGGGACGAUGUGAAGGUGGAGGCAGAAGCUUGGAGACAAGAGGCUCUCAGACCGGGUUCUGAACGAGGAUGCGUGGCCCUUUCCACUCCCAGUGUUCAAGCCACGGUAUUACCCCGGUGUACACCUACCAAGACCCCAACGGUGAGAGUUGAUUAUAAGGAGCUAAAGCAGCUUCAUCAAAUGGAGGUGGACAAGCUUAAGGAGCUCCGACUGCUGGAACUCAAUGGGAGGAGAGAGACCUAUUUGUCCAACGUUUGUUGAGGGAGGGGUGACUUGCAGUUGAAAAUUGGCAUAUGCACUCAAUGAGAUGCUCUGGCGACUUCCCGAUCG